AUGCUCGGUCACCAGUUCGCCUAUUCGGCGGCUCCCGUUCGCAAGGUCAAAGAGGUGCAGUUUGGUAUCCUCUCACCAGAGGAAAUCAAAGCAUACUCUGUGGCGAAGAUAGAGCACCCAGAAGUUAUGGACGAAACAACUCACAAGCCCAAAAUGGGAGGUCUUAUGGACCCUCGCAUGGGAACCAUCGACCGUAAUUUCAAGUGUCAAACGUGUGGCGAGGGGAUGUCAGAGUGUCCAGGUCAUUUCGGCCACAUUGAGCUUGCGCGUCCUGUCUUCCAUCCAGGUUUCAUUUUGAAGGUUAAGAAGAUAUUGGAGUGUAUCUGCAUCAACUGCGGGAAAUUGAAGGCUGAUAUCUCGGACCCAACUUUCGCGGACAAGAUUCGUCACAUUCGCGAUCCAAAACGUCGGAUGGCUACUGUCUGGGGACACUGCAAGUCCAAGACGGUCUGCGAGACCGACGAUCCAAAGGACGAAGCAGCAGAAGGGGAGACAGAGGAACCUAAGAAGGGUCAUGGAGGAUGUGGCUAUCAGCAACCCGCGAUCCGUAAAGAAGGGCUUAAACUUUUCGCACAAUACAAGAAGCCCAAGGAUGAAGAUGAUGAAAUGAAAUCUUCACAACCCGACAAACGUCUUUUCAACCCCUCAGAUAUUUAUACGACCUUCAAAAAGAUUUCUGAUGACGAUCUUCAUCUACUCGGGCUCUCAGACGAGUAUGCUCGUCCAGAAUGGAUGAUCCUCACCGUCCUGCCUGUUCCACCACCUCCAGUCCGACCUAGUAUUGCUGUCGAUGGUGGCGCCAUGAGGAGUGAGGAUGACUUGACUUACAAGCUAGGAGACAUUAUCAAAGCGUCCGCCAAUGUUCGGAGAUGUGAAAAUGAAGGGACUCCCGCUCAUGUCAUCUCCGAGUUUGAGCAACUGCUUCAGUUCCACGUCGCGACUUAUAUGGACAACGAUAUUGCUGGCAUUCCCCAAGCGUUGCAAAAAUCAGGGCGCCCCGUCAAAUCAAUUCGUGCUCGAUUAAAGGGAAAAGAAGGUCGUCUGCGGGGUAAUUUGAUGGGCAAGCGGGUCGAUUUCUCUGCGCGGACCGUUAUUACCGGUGACCCGAAUCUCGAAUUGGACGAGGUUGGCGUGCCCCGAAGUAUCGCCAUGAACUUGACGUAUCCUGAACGAGUAACGCCGUACAACAUCAGUUAUCUGCAAGAGCUCGUUCGUAAUGGUCCGACAGCGUACCCUGGUGCUCGCUAUGUCGUACGGGAUACUGGUGAACGAAUUGACUUGAGAUACAAUAAACGGGCGGAUGCUUUCCUUCAAUAUGGAUGGGUUGUAGAACGUCAUCUGAAGGACGGCGACUUUGUUCUCUUCAACCGUCAGCCUAGUCUGCACAAAAUGAGUAUGAUGAGUCAUCGAGUGAAGUUGAUGCCAUAUUCCACCUUCCGUCUGAACCUUUCCGUCACACCUCCUUACAACGCCGACUUCGAUGGAGACGAGAUGAACAUGCAUGUGCCUCAGAGCGAAGAGACGCGGGCAGAGCUCAGUCAAAUAGCAUGGGUUCCACGCCAGAUCAUUUCUCCUCAAGCCAAUAAGCCAGUCAUGGGUAUUGUCCAAGACACGCUUUGCGGCAUUCGCAAGUUCACCCUCCGCGAUACCUUCCUUGACUGGAACCAAGUUCAAAACAUCUUGCUCUGGGUUCCUGAUUGGGACGGACUAGUUCCAACUCCUGCAAUCCUCAAGCCUAAACCUCUCUGGUCCGGCAAGCAGAUUCUUAGUAUGGUCAUUCCUCGCGGCAUCAACAUCCUGCGUGGCGCUGAAGACAAGAGCAACAACCCCGUGUUCGACGAUGGCAUGUUGAUUGAAAACGGCGAGAUCAUCUUCGGAACCGUGGAGAAAAAGACUGUCGGUGCCUCGCAGGGUGGUCUCGUGCACGUAGUAUUCCGAGAGAAAGGGCCAGAGGCGACUCGGCAGCUGUUCACUGGUCUACAGAUGGUGGUCAACUACUGGCUGUUUCACAACGGCUUUAGCAUCGGUAUUGGUGACACCAUCGCCGACAAAGGAACGAUGGAGUUCAUCACGAAAAAGAUUGCGGAGUGCAAAACCAAUGUCGUGAACAUCAUCGAAGAUGCCACACACGACCGGCUAAAAGCUGCCCCUGGUAUGACGAUUCGAGAGUCCUUCGAAAGUCUGGUCGAGCGACAACUCAAUCUGGCUCGUGACGACUCAGGUCAAUUCGCACAGAAGAACUUGAAGGAAGACAACAAUGUGAAGCAGAUGGUGGUGGCGGGUUCCAAGGGUUCCUUCAUCAACAUUUCGCAGAUGUCGGUCUGUGUUGGGCAGCAAUCGGUCGAAGGUCGACGGAUUCCUUUUGGUUUCAAGCACCGAACCUUGCCACAUUUCACCAAGGACGAUUUUAGUCCAGAGGCUCGCGGUUUCGUGGAAAACUCAUAUCUGCGUGGCUUAACGCCCCAGGAGUUCUUCUUCCAUGCUAUGGCUGGUCGUGAAGGUUUGAUUGAUACAGCCAUCAAGACAGCAGAGACGGGUUACAUCCAACGGCGAUUGGUGAAGGCACUGGAGGACGUGAUGGUUUGCUACGAUGGCACGGUCCGGAACUCCCUUGGCGACUUGAUCCAAUUCGUCUACGGUGAGGAUGGUAUGGAUGGUGCUUUCAUUGAAAAGCAGGACAUCGCGACCUUCGCUAUGAACGACGAACAAUUCCGCCACAACUACCGAGUGGAUGUGACAGACGAGAAGGGUGGUUUCAUGCCUGGUGUUCUCCAACUCGGCCUGGAUGACAGCUCGUUGGAAUUACAGGCCAAACUGGACGAGGAAUACACACAACUCUCCGACGACCGCAACCUGCUGCGAACCUUCAUCUUCCCCCGUGCCGACAACACGACCAACUUCUAUCUUCCUGUCAACAUGCAGCGCAUUAUCCAAAAUGCCACCCAAAUUUUCCGUAUCGAUCGCCGCCAACCCAGUGACCUCGAGCCAGCAUACAUAAUUGAUGCAGUCAGGGAAUUGGGCGAACGACUUGUGGUCGUUCGUGGAAAUGAUCCGAUGAGCGCAAUUGCUAAUGGAGAUGCUGUCUUGCGAUUCCAAAUGCACCUUCGGUCAACCUUUGCAACACGUCGUGUCCUCGAACGGUUCCAUCUGACUCGAGAGGCGUUCGAUUGGGUGUUGGGUGAAGUAGAGUCUAAAUUCAACCAGGCCAUCGUCAACCCCGGUGAAAUGUGUGGUACUCUGGCCGCACAAUCGAUUGGAGAACCUGCGACACAAAUGACGCUCAACACAUUCCAUUAUGCUGGUGUUUCUAGCAAAAACGUGACGCUCGGUGUCCCUCGUCUAAAGGAAAUCAUUAAUGUCGCCGCCAACAUCAAGACGCCUUCCCUCACUGUCUACCUCCAACCGCAUCUCUCGGUCAACCGCAAUCUUGCCUUGACUGUCGCUCAUGAACUCGAAUAUACGUCCUUGCGAACAAUCACCUCUGCGGUGGAGAUCUACUAUGAUCCUGAUCCCACCUCGACAAUCAUCGAGGAGGAUCAAGGUUUCGUUGAAGAUUUCUUUGCUAUUCCGGAUGAGGAGGUCGAGAACAAACUGCAUUUGCAGUCUCCUUGGCUCCUUCGUCUCGAGCUCAACCGGAACAAGAUGGUCGGCAAACUCACGAUGCACUAUGUUGCAAGCCGGAUUGCCGAAAGUUUCAAAACGGACCUAUUCGUCAUCUGGAGCGAAGACAACUCGGAUAAGCUUGUCAUUCGGUGUCGAGUGCUUGGCGGAGGGGACAAGGACGACGACGACAACGUCGAGGAGGAUAUCUUCUUGCGUCAGCUCGAGAACACGAUGUUGAACUCCGUCAGCUUGCGAGGUGUGAAAGACAUUCGCAAGGUGUUUUUGGUUGAGCACGACAAGGUGGUGACAGAAGACGAUGGCAGGAUCGCUCUUCGGAAGCGAGAGGAAUGGGUUUUGGAGACGGACGGUGUUAACCUCAAGACGGUGUUGUGCAUCGACGGUGUUGACUUCAAGCGCACAUACUCCAACAACUGCGUUGAAAUUUUCAAUGUGUUGGGUAUUGAAGCCGCUCGUGCGGCUAUCCUAAAGGAGCUUCGUGGUGUUAUCGAGUUCGAUGGUUCCUACGUCAACUACCGACAUCUGGCGAUUCUUUGCGACUUGAUGACCCACCGAGGGUCCCUAAUGGCAAUUACGCGUCACGGGAUUAAUCGAGCAGAUACGGGGGCCUUGAUGAGAUGCUCAUUUGAGGAAACGGUUGAAAUCCUGAUGGAGGCUGCAGCGGUGGGUGAGAAGGACGACUGCCAUGGCAUUGCGGAGAACGUUAUGUUUGGCCAAAUGGCGCCAAUGGGCACAGGCGCUUUCGAGGUUGCGUUGGAUAUCGACAUGCUGAAGGAUGCGAUUGUCGAUCAUCGGGUCCCAGUUCAACAUAUGUUGGCGGCUCAAAUCGAUGGCGGAAUGACUCCUGGACAAGUUGCGAUGACCCCAUAUGAUAGCAACACACCCAUGUGGCAAGCGGGGUCAAGCUUCAAGGCUGAUCAGGCCGCUUUCUCGCCUUUGGCAGUGAACGGUGGAGACGACGGUCCCAACUUUACUUCGUUCCAGCCUGGCUGGGGUCAAACACCAACUCGGUCUGAUGCGAUGUCGCCUGGACCGACCUAUAGCCCGAGCUCCCCCAAUAUGUAUUCUCCAACCUCACCUGCCUAUGUUCCACAGUCGCCGUUUGGGGCUGCGACGUCGCCAUUCGGCACCUCUCCCUAUGCAACAUCACCGUUCUAUGACCGUGGUCGUGCUCCCACCUCGCCAACUUACUCACCAACAUCACCAAUGAUAUUAACCUCACCGGGAUAUUCUCCUGCCAGUCCGCGAUACUCCCCAACCAGCCCGUCCUUCUCUCCGACUUCCCCGCGCUACAGCCCGCAAUCGCCGUCGUUUAGUCCUACUUCACCUCGCUAUUCGCCAACGAGUCCCUCGUUCAGUCCGGCUUCUCCACGGUAUUCGCCAAGCAAGUCGCUUCUGUUUUCUUGCCGUUCUUGCGCUGACCGCUUUGCCCCCUUUUCUUCCUGUUUAUCCAGCUUCUCCAGCGCAGUUGUCGCCAACCUCACCGAAGUAUUCUCCCACAUCCCCCAUGGCUUCACCCUCGUCGCCCAAAUACUCUCCCACUUCCCCGACGUACUCGCCAGCUUCGCCCGCUUAUUCGCCGGCCUCUCCAGCGUACAGUCCGACAUCUCCGUCGUGGUCCCCUUCGAGCCCCAGCCAAGGGGCACCGGGAACGAACGGGCGAAGUCAUGCGUAUCAGUCGUCGCCGUCGUGGGAUUGAGUGGUGGGAUGGAUUCUUCGUUUUUCCUUCAUGCGUCAUUUUACUUGACGGGGCCUUAUAAGAUAUCUAGCCUCUCCGGCAAAACCCACUGUAGAUUAGCAUUAGUUUUCUUUCAAAUACGCGCUAGAUAUGGCCAUUGUAUAGUUUUUUUGGUUGGCAAGGCAAGCAAGCUUGAAAACUAA